AUGCAGAUUAAGAGGGAGAUAUCUAUAAUGAAGCUUGUCAGGCAUCCAUAUGUUGUCCGUCUACACGAGGUGAUAGCAAGCCGCACCAAGAUCUACAUCAUCUUGGAAUUUAUUACUGGUGGUGAAUUGUUUGACAAAAUUGUUCACCAUGGAAGGCUAAGUGAAGCUGAAUCUCGUAGAUACUUCCAGCAGCUUAUAGAUGGUGUGGACUAUUGUCAUAGUAGAGGAGUCUACCAUAGGGACCUAAAGCCUGAAAAUCUUCUACUAGAUUCACAAGGGAAUUUGAAGAUCUCAGAUUUUGGACUUAGUGCGCUACCAGGACAAGGAGUCAACCUGCUCAAGACAACGUGUGGAACUCCAAACUAUGUGGCACCAGAGGUUUUGAGUCACAAGGGCUAUGAUGGUGCUGUAGCAGAUGUCUGGUCCUGUGGUGUCAUCCUUUAUGUCCUGAUGGCGGGUUAUCUUCCAUUUGACGAGAUUGAUCUUACUACACUAUAUGGCAAGAUUGAAAGAGCAGAAUUUUUAUGCCCAUCUUGGUUUCCAGUUGGAGCAAGAUCCUUGAUUUCUCGAACUUUGGACCCCAAUCCUGACACGCGUAUCCGAAUUGAAGAAAUCAGAAAUGAUGAGUGGUUUAAGAAGGGCUAUGUUCCUGUGAAACUUGCUGAAAGUGAGGAUGUCAAUCUGGAUGAUGUUAAUGCUGUUUUUAAUGAUGCUGAGGAAGAACAAACUAAUGAGCAAUGUGGGAAUGAGGAUGUAGGGCCUUUGGUUCUUAAUGCAUUUGAUCUAAUCAUUCUCUCCCAAGGAUUAAACCUUUCUGCCUUGUUUGAUCGUAAGCAGGAUUUGGUGAAACAUCAAACGCGCUUUGUUUCACAAAAACCUGCAAAGGUUGUUUUAUCGAGUAUGGAAGUUGUUGCUCAAUCAAUGGGUUUUAAAACCCAUAUUCGUAAUUAUAAGAUGAGGGUGGAAGGCCUUUCUGCAGACAAGGUUUCACAUUUCUCAGUAUUUUUGGAGAUCUUUGAGGUUGCUCCAACAUUUAUUAUGGUAGACAUUCAGAAAGCUGCUGGAGAUGCUAGUGAAUAUCUCAAGUUUUACAAAAACUUCUGUAGCAACUUGGAAGAUAUCAUCUGGAAACCACCUACGGACUUGUGCAAAUCAAGGAUCUCCCUGGCAAGGAGUAAAAGGCGAUGAUCUAUACUAGUAUCCCGAAAGCAAUCAAGUCUGUAGGAUAGAAAUGUUGAUGCAAUAUGGGUCGUAUGCAUAUAAUUUACAAUACCAUGCUUUCCUCUGCCUCCUACCAUGCUUUGAGUGAUAUGGUACUGUCAGUCUGUAUUCCCCAGUUUUGUAUUAGUUGUGCAAAUUAAUAUGAAGCCCUCAUUGAUGAAGUCCCCUUAAGUUGGAUUGCCUGGGAGACAAUAUGCUAGUUAUACUUACCAAUCUUUAACACCCCUCUAGUUGUACUAUCACAUAUAGAGUAGAAGUUGUAACACUUGUACUUCUUGCUCCCUUUUUUAAGAAGUACCAUCUGUACUUCUUGCUCCUUUAUUUAAGAAGAUUGGUCUUUGUUGUAAAAUUUUUCACUUUUGAUAGUGUAAAAGUUGUACCACUUCAUCACCUUUGACGAAGAUUAA